AUGGAUCUUGUGAUUGGUGGAAAAUUUAAACUUGGAAGGAAAAUUGGUAGUGGAUCAUUUGGAGAGCUUUAUCUAGGUGUUAAUGUCCAAACCGGAGAAGAAGUUGCUGUCAAGCUGGAAUCUGUGAAAACCAAGCAUCCCCAGCUCCACUAUGAGUCAAAGUUGUAUAUGCUGCUUCAAGGAGGAACUGGUGUUCCAAACAUCAAGUGGUAUGGAGUUGAAGGAGAGUACAAUGUAAUGGUUAUUGACCUUCUAGGUCCAAGUCUUGAAGACUUGUUUAACUACUGUAACAGAAAACUCUCUUUGAAAACCGUUCUCAUGAUUGCGGACCAACUAAUUAACAGAGUUGAGUUUAUGCAUAGUAGAGGUUUCCUUCACCGUGAUAUUAAGCCAGACAACUUUUUAAUGGGACUUGGACGCAAAGCAAAUCAGGUUUAUAUCAUUGAUUUUGGAUUGGGGAAGAAAUAUAGAGACCUUCAGACUCACAGGCACAUUCCAUACAGAGAAAACAAAAACCUCACUGGAACAGCGCGGUAUGCAAGUGUGAACACUCACCUUGGAGUUGAACAAAGUCGAAGAGAUGAUUUGGAAUCACUCGGUUAUGUACUUAUGUACUUCCUUAAAGGAAGUCUACCCUGGCAAGGAUUAAAAGCUGGGACAAAGAAGCAGAAAUAUGACAGAAUUAGCGAGAAGAAAGUAUCAACUCCUAUAGAGGUCUUGUGUAAAAACCAACCGGCUGAGUUUGUUUCCUACUUCCAAUACUGCCGGUCUCUACGGUUUGAGGACAAACCUGAUUACUCUUACCUUAAGAGGCUAUUCCGCGACUUGUUUAUUCGAGAAGGUUAUCAGUUUGAUUAUGUAUUUGACUGGACAGUUCUGAAGUAUCCUCAGAUUGGUUCCAGCUCUGGUUCUAGUUCACGGACACGGAAUCAUACAACUGCGAAACCGGGGUUAACCGCAGGACUUUCUGUUGAAAAACAAGAAAGGAUCGCUGGUAAGGAAAUCCGGGAUAGGUUCUCUGGUGCGGUCGAGUCUUUCUCAAGAAGGCAUCCAACAACUUCUACACCGCGUGAUCCCUCGGCAUCAAGAAACUCUGAUGAUGGGCCUUUGUCUAAGCACCCGCAAGGUGACUCAGAAAAACUACGUAGUUCCUCAAGGUACGGAAGCUCUUCAAGGAGAGCCAUUGCAUCAAGCUCUCGUCCAAGCUCCGCUGGUGCACCGAGCGAUAGCCGAUCCUCAAGCCGUUUGGUCACUUCGAGCUCUUCUAGCCGUUUGGUCACUUCGAGCGGUGGAGGCGGAAGCGGAACGGGAAGUAACCGUGCAUCAACAAGCCAGAGAAUCCAAUCAGGAAACGAAGCCAAGACUUCGACAUUUUCCCGAGCUGCUAGAAACACUGGGGAAGAUCCAUUGAGGAGGAGCUUCGAGCUUCUCUCAUUACGAAAAUGA